CACGGCCUGCGCUUACCCUGCCACUGCCUAGGUAUCUGCAUGCACCCCGUUUGCUGCAGUUGACCUUCCUUUCCCGCCGUUAUAACCCUCCUCCUCCUCGGGCGCGCUCGAGCUGUUCGAGGUGCCCGACAUGCACGCCCCGGGUGCGUGGGCGGGCGUGUUUUCCGACGGCGCCGUCGCGGCCGUCGCGUCGGUCGCGAGCGGCACCUCGAUGAGCCUCGACGUGCCCGACGUGGCGGCCGCCGUCGCCCUCGAGGCGUCUGCCUACGUCGGCCUGCUCGACGCCGCCCGCGCCGCCGGCUCCGUGCGCAGCGUCGUCUUUACCAGCUCCGCGUGGGCCGCCUACACGCCCGACGGCACCAAGGCGGGCGUGCUGACGGCCGACUCGUGGAACGACGCGGCCGUAUCCCUCGCCGCCGCCGCCGCCGCCGCCGCCGAGGAGGAGGAGGAGGAGCAGUCGAGCCGGCCGCGCGGACUGUGCGGCGUCAUGGCCAUGAAGGUCGGGUACGAGCGCAAGGUGUGGGAGUGGGUGCGUUCCGCAAGGCCGGGCUACAGCUUCAACGUCGUGCUGCCCGACACCGCCUUCGACCCCGUCAUGGACCCGGCGCGGCAGGGCGCCAGCACCGUCGGGCUCGUGCGGUGGCUUGGUGGUUCGUCGACGCCCGCGACGUGGGCAGGCUGUACGUCGCGUGCCUGGCCCUGCCGGGCCUCGACGGCCGCCGCGUCUACGGCUUCGCCAAGCGCUACAGCUGGCCGCGCGUGCUCGACAUCAUCAAGGAAGGCGCUCUACCCGCAACGCACAGAGUGGCCCGCCCUGCCCGAAGCCGGCUGGGACGCCUUUGACGUGCCGACCGACGACGCCGAGGAGCUGAUCAAGCAGGUCGGCGACGGCAGUGGGUGGAUCUCGCUCGAGGACAGCAUCAGAGACACCGUCGAGAGCUUCCUAGCCAAGGAUGCCGAUGGGAGGAGCACGUUGGAGGCCAUCAAGCCAAUCAAGGAGGCUUUUGAAUAA